ACAGCCUGGAUGGGGAACUGUCCUGAGCUCCAAAGCGGGAACAGCCUCUCGCCUCCAAAAUAGGAACAGCCUGGACUCGGAACUGUCCUGAGCUCCAAACUGGGAACAGCCCCUCCCCUCUAGACCAGGAGCAUCAGCAUCCUCAGCCCAUAAUUAGUGUCAUAAGCAGAGCAGAGGGUGAGAAGGGUGAGAACAUCCAAGCCCUGCAGAGGGUGAGGGGAUGGGGAUGGGGAUGGGGAUGAAGAGCUGGGAUUUUGGGUUCUCCUUGUCUGGGGUUUUGGGCUCAGCAGGAAUUGACCUCUCUGCUGGAGAUGCUCUGGUUUCUGGGUCCUCAUCCCAGUGAGGGGGUUUCUGUGUCAGCUCUGAAAUCCAAGAGAGUCUGACAGGGCCGAAAGGCUGUGAUGAAGAACCAGGGGGUGGAGACCAAAGGAGCCCCACGUCCCUCUGGUGCUUCCAAAACGAGCAGCGGGAUGGGGCUGGAGGAGGGAGACUCACCCGAGGCUGCAGCACCCCCAGAAGCUCCCCUCACUCAGGAGGACUCCAAGUCCUCCCAGGAUGUGUCCGAGGAGCUGAGCCGGCAGCUGGAGGACAUCCUGAGCACCUACUGUGUGGAUGCCAGCCAGGAGGGCCCGGCAGAGGACAGUGGGCACGGGGAGCCCCCCGAGCCCGAGGAGCCCGACAAGGGCUGCCCCGAGUCCCCCCGGAACGGGGAGCAGGAGCCGGGCGGCCCCGAGAUGAACGGGGAGAAGGAGAACUCCAAGGGCACCGAGGAGGGCGGGGACAGAGACCAGAAGAAGGCUCAGGAGAAGAAGAAAGCCAAGGGUUUAGGCAAGGAAAUCACUUUGCUGAUGCAGACACUGAACACCCUGAGCACAUCAGAGGAGAAACUGGCAGCUCUGUGCAAGAAAUACGCUGAGCUGCUGGAAGAGCACCGUAACUCCCAGAAGCAGAUGAAGAUCCUGCAGAAGAAGCAGACACAGCUGGUGCAGGAGAAGGAUCACCUGCAGAGCGAGCACAGCAAGGCCAUCCUGGCCCGGAGCAAACUGGAGAGCCUGUGCCGGGAGCUCCAGAGGCACAACCGCACCCUCAAGGAGGAGGGUGUCCAGCGUGCGCGGGAGGAGGAGGAGAAGAGGAAGGAGGUGACAUCCCACUUCCAGGUGACGCUGAACGACAUCCAGCUCCAGAUGGAGCAGCACAACGAGAGGAAUUCCAAGCUGCGCCAGGAGAACAUGGAGCUGGCAGAGAGGCUCAAGAAGCUCAUCGAGCAGUACGAGCUGCGGGAGGAGCACAUUGACAAGGUGUUCAAGCACAAGGAGCUGCAGCAGCAGCUGGUGGAUGCCAAACUCCAGCAGGCCCAGGAAAUGCUGAAGGAGGCAGAGGAGAGGCACCAGCGGGAGAAGGACUUUCUGCUGAAGGAAGCUGUGGAAUCACAGAGGAUGUGUGAGCUGAUGAAGCAGCAGGAGACCCACCUCAAGCAGCAGGUGAGUCACCUGCUCUGUGUGCUAAGCCUGUUUUGUUUGGCUUUCUUUUCUUCCUUCCUAAGCAAGGAACAACCCAAAGUUCCUUAAUCUGGAAAACACAGG